AUGAUUUACCACUCCUGGAAACUUUGUACCCUUGUCGGGUCGCUGGCUGCUUUAAAGUCUUUAGCUGCCGACAUAAGCACGCCGAAGACCUUUACCGGGGGCACUCCACCAUGUGACGCACUCAUCGCCGCUGGUUUAAGGGACAGGGUUUUAUCGCCAAUCGACCCAGGGUAUGAGAAGCAAGUCCAAACCUGGUGGGCUCGAAACGCCCAACUUCAUCCGUGGUGUCUUGUGCUGCCCGAGAGUACCGAAGAAGUUUCCCUCACGUUGACCACGCUCCUCAAAGCUGACAACGGCGCCGGGGACUGGCACAUAGCGGUCCGGAGUGGAGGCCACGGCUUUCAGCUGAACAACAACAUCCAGAAUGGCGUGACUAUCGAUUUGAGCAUGCUGAAUUCUUCCACUUAUGAUGCUGCAACUAAUACCGUAAUGACCGGCUCAGGAGGCCGUUGGGAGAAUGUCUACGCCAGCCUGGAAGAGCAAGGCAUCGUGGUAGUCGGUGGCCGCGAUGGCGACGUUGGGGUGGGCGGGUUUCUCCUCGGCGGCGGCACAUCCUAUUUCUCACCCAAGUAUGGAUUCGCCUGCGACUCUGUCCUCAAUUACGAGGUGGUUCUCACCAAUGGCAGCGUGGUCAAUGCGAACAAUACCAGCAACUCGGAUUUAUGGAAGGCGCUUAAGGGUGGCGGCUCCAAUUUUGGCAUUGUUACGAGGUUCGACCUAGAAGCCCUUCCCGCCCGUGACAUCCACUACGAAGUCCGAAUUCUGCCGGCAAGUGCUCUAGAUGUGGUUUCCGACACACUUGUCAAGUUUGCGAAUCACAACAUGUCGUUGGCUGAUAAUGCACUCGUCACUUUUCUCCAAUACAACGGCAGCGCAGGCUCUGAUAUCACGAUCACGGCCAUUUAUGUCAACACUGUUGGAGAUGAUGACAUCGGAACGGCUUUUGAUAACCUCAGAGAUCUUCCGGCUCUUCGCAAUGUUUCUGUGAAACAGUCUGUGGCUAAGACUGCCGCAGGUUCGAAAGUCCAGGGCGGACAGCUAAGUGCUGCGGCGACUGUCCUGUUCAGGAAUGACCCAGAGAUCCUUCGCUACGCCAACAAGCUCCACGAAGACUUUGUCAAGUCACUUCAGAAUUCCAUCAGUCCAGAAGCAUUUGGAACGAUGAUCUUUUUACAACCCGUGGGAAUCGAUUACGGGAGUAUUGCAGAAAAACGUGGCGGGAACAUGCUUGGGCUAGACAGAUUGCAGUCCAAUGCCAUCAUGUGGACGGGAGGUGUGUAUGUCUUGACGAACGAUGCAGACUUUGCCAUCGCGCAAGCACGUUUGGCUGCGAUGUCGUACAUGAUUGAGAAAUUCGCGAAAUCUGUCGGGGGCGCCAUGGACCUGGUCUAUCUCAACUAUGCCAGUCCUCGACAGGAUGCCCUAGCAGGUUAUGGCCUACAGAACGUGCAGUUCAUACGGGAUGUUGCUGCCAAGUAUGACCCGAGCGGAGCAUUCCAAAGUAGAGUUCCCGGGGGCUUUAAAAUUGGGAGAUCUGGGUAGGAGAACGAGCUAAAAGAGGCAAAUGGGGUCGACGCGCUGCCAGAGGUGAUAUUUGCAAGCGAAGGUCUGUGAUAUUGAUAUUGGAGGUCAAGACACCCCGUUCGUUGAAUUUUGAUCUAGUCACUAUAGCCUCUCGAGUUUUUGGAAAUGUUUCUGUCUAAGUAUGUAGUGCAAUU